AUGGUACAGAAGAGAUCUUGGCAUGGCUGCAUGCCCCGUCUUGUUCUACUCUUACUUUGUUUGCGCUUUCUUCAGGAGGGGUCGACGAGAGGCAUUGUGCAAAAUCCCAAUCCAGGCUUUGUGCACGGCCUUUGCCGGCCACCAACAGCGUUUCCGAGACCGACAGCACUCCCGGCAACAGCCGAAAUGGCGGGAGAGCAUGUUAAUCGCAUAUGGUGGGUGAAAAUGAAUGAGUACCAGCAACAAGUCUGGGCUUUGUCCAACGCGCUCGCGGGAUUGCUGAGAGACACCGAAGCUUCCAAGUUUCCCCCGACCUUGCGUCAGAAGACGCGAGAGCUGCAACAGAGCUGCGACAGGCUUCAGCACUACAUUGCUACGUCUACCUCCCGCAUUCGGAAGGACGUUUCAGAGUGCAUUGAAGAUCUUGAGGCCAUCCAACCAUCCACUCAGAACUCUGCCAGACUGCGCAGGAAGUUGAGCAAUGUGGAAGAAUACCUGACGGAUAUCAGUGAGACAUUUCAAAGCCAGGAGUCACGGGCUCAGGAUUUGGAGUUUGAGAUUCGAUGCCUUGAAGAUGACUUUUUCCGUUUGCAGAAGGAGACAGAGCAGACAACCACAGGCUAUGAGUUUGGAGUGAAAGUCUUUGCGGUGUGUGCCGUGGUCGCCUUUGCCGCUGUUGCCAUUCCUGCCAUAGCAACAGCCGGUGGAGCAGCAGCAGCUGGGACUGCUGCGGCUGAGGGGGCUGCUUUGACAGUGGGAGGCGCAACUGUUGCUGAAGGGGCUGCUGUAGCAGCAGGAACUGCAGCGGUAGCCGAAGGGGCUGCUGUAGCAGCAGGCACUGCUGCAGCAGUUGAAGGAGCAGCAGCUGCCGGUAUCAGUGCUGAAGCUGUGGCUGUUCUUUCAGGGGGUGCAGCACUUGCGCUCAAAGGUGGCGCAGAUGGCUGCCGUCAACUCGCGGAGUUUCUGGAUCGUCAGCAACAUUCCGUUUCAGAACAUCGGGGGUUUGUGAAGCAGCUUGAGACUGAAAUUGAUGUGAUGAAAGAUGAUAUUUCCAAUCUUGAGAAGCGCUUAAAUAGAGCAAGUGAUGCUAUUGAAGAUGAUGAUCUCGAGGAUGCUGCUCGUAUUUGUGGCCGUUUGGCUGGGCGGCUGAGUGAACUGGUGUAA